AUUGAAUGACAUGACAAAAAUAAAGCUCUUAAUGAUGAUGAUGAUGAUGAUAUUGUUCUCCUCUUGCUCCUCCUCCUCCUCUUCUUCUUCUUCUUCUUCUUCUUGUGUCUUUCUUGCUUCUUUACCAUUGCUUAUCACAUUCCAUUUCUAGUGUUCUUCUUAAUUUCAUAUAAUUAUACCAAAGAACAACCCUUUGGUGACAAUUGUGAUUUGGGUUGUUCUUUUUUUUUUUUCUCUCUCUCUUGGUGACAAUAAGAAGAAGCUCUAUAUCUUGAACAUCGUUCUUGAGUUCCCUUCCCACAUUAUAGGUUUUGAGCUUUUCUUGAAUCUUGAAGAUUGUUCUUUUAGUUUCUUUCCUUCUGUCUGAAUCUUUUUUUCUUGUGUCAUUUAGAGGUGUUGAAUACAUUAUUAUACACUACUAAAUGGCACAAUUACCUCCAAAAAUUCCAAACAUGCAACCAACAUGGCCCGAAUUCUCACAUCAUCAGAAAUUGCCUUCCAUGGGAAUUAUAGCACCUUCUAACAACAAUGCUGCUGCCUCCACCGCCGCCGCCGCCGCCACCACGACGCAAAACCCUUCAUGGGUAGACGAAUUCCUCGACUUCUCAUCGGCGAGACGUGGGACCCACAGGCGGUCAGUUAGUGACUCAAUUGCAUUCCUUGAAGCACCAUUGAUAGAAGAAUGUCGUGCCAUAGGUGCACCUCAUCAUCAUCAUCAUCAUCAUCAUGGCUCUGGACAUAACAGUAGCAGCGACUUCGAUAAAUUUGACGAUGAACAAUUCAUGUCCAUGUUCAAUGAUGAUAUUUCCAAUGCGGUGGCGCCUUCCUGCUCCAACCCAUCAACGCCAUCGGAUCAUAAUAGCUUUAAUGAUGAGAAAGAACCGACGUUGUCUGAUCAAAAGCAGCAAAAGAUAAGAAAUGAGUCUGAUGAGGUUCAAAGCCAAUGCCAAACGGAUACACAAAAUCCAUCAAAUGCAACCAAUACCACUUCCAGUGAUCGAAUUAUCGAUCCCAAAAGGGUCAAGAGAAUCUUGGCAAAUAGGCAAUCUGCACAAAGGUCACGGGUAAGGAAGCUACAGUACAUAUCUGAGCUUGAACGAAGUGUCACCUCAUUGCAAGCUGAAGUCUCAGUUCUAUCACCAAGGGUUGCCUUUCUAGACCAUCAACGCUUGCUUUUGAAUGUUGAUAAUAGUGCUCUCAAGCAAAGAAUUGCUGCCCUAGCUCAAGAUAAGAUUUUUAAAGAUGCUCAUCAGGAAGCAUUAAAGAGAGAAAUAGAGAGACUAAGGCAAGUUUAUCACCAACAAAACCUCAAGAACAUGGAAAAUGCUACAGCAUCACCAUCUCCAGCAACUGACUCCACAGCUCCUACUGAGAAGGGACAGCAACUACUCCAAGUUUAACUCCUUUUUUUUCCAGUGAGUUUGUUCAAGCAUGGUAAACUGACCAGUAAUCUCUCAUUACCAAGAACACACUACAAUCCUCUUUUCACCAAAAAAGAAAAAAAAAAAACCAAGAAUUUGACAUAUAAUCUCAAUGUCAAAAAGAAAUAAAAGAUUCUUGGAGAAAAUUUUGGAGAUAUGUUGAGCAGCAUCAAAAUAUAUUUUUUUUCUUGGAAUAAUUGUAACAGAACAAAAGCUACAGGUUUCAUUGGUCACUUCACCAUGCUUCCCCAUUAAAAAAAAAAAAAAGGAAAAAAGAAGAAAUAUUUACUGGAAAGGAGUCACAUUCAUAGAAGAAGAGGGGACUCUAUAUUAUAUUGGUGCUCUCUGCUGGUAAUCUGUACAUUCACGUGAUGUGUUCACAUCUGAUUGGGGACCACUCAACCUUGCAUGAUUGCAUUGCAGGAAAACACAUGUGCAGCUGUGAGUUAAAAGGAAAAAAGAAAAAAGAAAAAAAAAACAGACAAGAAAAAGAAAGAAAAUUGUCUUUGCUUUAACUAGGAGAAGGAGAGGUGUGGUACUGAUUCUAAUUUUUUUUAUUUUUAAUUUUAGUCUGAUUUAUUCUUUUUAUAAGUUAGGUUUAGUGGUAUUGUGUUGGGAUGUAUGAAAGGAAAGGGAAGUGGUUGUCAGUGAAGCUGCAUGGGAAGUGUUUUUGAUACCUUGAUGCAUGUCAGAUUGCUGUGCCUUUUUUCUUUUUUCAGCGAUUGAUCUCUUUGUUGUAUUGAUUAUUUUUCUUUCUUUGUUAAUUUGUCAAAUUGUUGUAAUAACCCAGAUUAAUUUCAAGAGUUUCAUUUUGUUUCAA